CAGGCAGCCGCUCGUUUCUCCGGAGUAAAUCUCACAAUGGGGAAUUGCCGCCUAGGAAGUGGUUUCAGGACCGCGGCUCGAUUACUGGUUGGGGUGUGCACUUCGGAGUAAGCCUGCAGAGACUCGGGCGCUUUUAUUGCUUUCCAGCGGGGGAUGGAGUAGACUACUCGCCGAUUUAAGCAGAACGCACCGUUUUGCUGUGGAACCAGGUUUAUAUAUUUGCCUGAGCUUUCUGCAGCUGAAGCAUUUUCAUUGCAAGCAGCAGCUGACAGCUCUUUGGGGAUAAUGAGAGUAAAGUGCUUUGGUUCACUCAAGAUGAGAGCACAGAUAAAAUACAUCUGCUGCACCCUUGGCCCCAAAUGACCAGCUCUCUCUCCCUUAGAAAAGAACUUGAACAUUAAGGCACAUAAACGUUUGCACAAGGGUUUAACUGAAGUAUUAGAAAGAUACAAUGAAUCAUUAUUGCAUUGCACUUAUGUGGACUGUGCUUGGCACUGAAUUGCUAAGAAGUUUCGGUACUACUAUCAAAUCCCCAAGGUUUCGAGGACGUGUGCAGCAGGAGCGAAAAAAUAUCCGACCAAACAUUAUCCUUGUACUCACAGAUGACCAAGAUGUGGAGCUUGGUUCCUUGCAAGUGAUGAAUAAAACCAGAAAGAUAAUGGAGAAUGGAGGUGCCACCUUCAUCAAUGCUUUUGUAACUACCCCAAUGUGCUGUCCGUCUCGGUCCUCAAUGUUGACAGGAAAAUAUGUUCACAACCACAACAUCUAUACCAACAAUGAGAAUUGCUCUUCUCCUUCAUGGCAAGCAACACAUGAACCACGUACUUUUGCAGUGUAUCUCAACAACACUGGCUAUAGAACUGCUUUUUUUGGAAAAUACCUCAAUGAAUACAAUGGCAGCUACAUUCCUCCUGGUUGGCGAGAGUGGGUUGGAUUAAUCAAGAACUCUCGUUUCUAUAAUUACACAAUUUGUCGCAAUGGCCUCAAAGAGAAGCACGGAUUUGAAUAUGCAAAGGACUACUUCACAGAUUUAAUCACUAAUGACAGCAUUAAUUAUUUCAAAACAUCUAAGCGGCUGUAUCCCCAUAGACCUAUAAUGAUGGUGAUCAGCCAUGCUGCCCCCCAUGGCCCUGAAGAUUCUGCACCACAAUUCUCGGAACUCUAUCCAAAUGCUUCGCAGCACAUAACUCCGAGCUAUAACUAUGCACCAAAUAUGGAUAAGCAUUGGAUCAUGCAAUAUACAGGCCCUAUGCUUCCUAUCCACAUGGAAUUUACAAAUACCUUGCAGCGCAAAAGACUUCAAACUCUGCUAUCAGUUGAUGAUUCCAUGGAAAGGUUAUAUCACAUGCUAGUGGAGACUGGAGAACUGGAGAAUACCUACAUUAUUUACACUGCUGACCAUGGUUACCAUAUUGGGCAGUUUGGACUGGUCAAGGGGAAGUCAAUGCCGUAUGACUUUGAUAUUCGAGUGCCUUUCUUUAUUCGUGGUCCAAGUGUAGAGCCGGGAUCAGUAGUAUCUCAGAUAGUGCUGAAUAUUGACCUUGCUCCAACUGUUCUGGAUAUUGCAGGACUUGACACACCUCCAGACAUGGAUGGCAAAUCUGUUCUAAAACUCUUGGAGCUUGAAAAACCAGGAAACAGGUUUCGAACAAACAAGAAAACCAAAGUUUGGCGUGAUACAUUCCUCAUAGAAAGAGGUAAAUUUCUGCGCAAGAAAGAAGAAUCAAGCAAAAAUUCUCAGCAAUCCAAUCACUUGCCAAAGUAUGAGAGAGUAAAGGAGUUGUGUCAACAAGCAAGGUAUCAGACAGCUUGUGAGCAACCAGGUCAGAAAUGGCAGUGCAUUGAAGACACAUCUGGCAAACUUCGCAUUCACAAGUGUAAAGGGUCCAGUGAUGUUCUUGCCAUCAGAAAGAGAACUCGAAGCAUCCAUUCCCGGGGAUACAGCAGCAAAGAAAAUCAAUGUGAUUGUGGAGAGACUGACUACCGUAGCAGUAGGACCCAGAGAAAAAAUCAAAGACCCUAUAUGAGAAACCCCAGUGUACAAAAAUACAAACCCCGAUUUGUUCACACUCGCCAAACUCGUUCCUUGUCUGUGGAAUUUGAAGGGGAAAUAUAUGAUAUAAACCUGGAGGAGGAGGAGGAACUGCAUAUCCUUCAGCCCAAAAGUGUGGUGAAGCGGCAUGGAAGUUACAGUGAGGAAGAGGAGCCUUCAGAAGAUGCUGCUGAAGAAGAAAUGCUAGCUGAUGGAACCAACACUGUUAGCCAGCCUGACUCUGUCAGAGUGACACAUAAGUGUUUUAUUCUUCCCAAUGACUCCAUUCACUGUGAGAGGGAACUAUACCAAUCAGCCAGGGCCUGGAAAGACCACAAAGCUUACAUUGACAAAGAGAUUGAGGCUCUCCAAGAUAAAAUCAAGAAUUUAAGAGAAGUGAGAGGACAUCUAAAAAGAAGAAAACCUGAUGAAUGUGACUGUAGCAAAAAGAGCUAUUACAGCCAAGAAAAGGGAGCGAAGGUUCAAGAAAAGCUUAAGACGAGUCAUCUCCAUCCAUUCAAGGAAGCAGCCCAAGAGGUGGAUGGUAAGCUUCAGCUCUUCAAAGAGAACCGCAGGAGAAAGAAGGGAAGGAAAGGGAAAAAGCGCCAAAAGAAAGGAGAUGAAUGCAGCCUUCCUGGACUCACUUGCUUCACCCAUGAUAAUAAUCACUGGCAGACUGCACCAUUCUGGAACUUGGGAUCGUUUUGUGCUUGUACAAGUUCAAACAAUAACACUUACUGGUGUUUGCGAACAGUCAAUGAAACACACAACUUCCUCUUCUGUGAGUUUGCUACAGGAUUCUUGGAAUACUUUGACAUGAACACUGAUCCCUAUCAGCUAACCAAUACAGUGCACACAGUAGAAAGAGGCAUAUUGAACCAGUUACACAUACAGCUAAUGGAGCUACGAAGUUGUCAAGGUUAUAAGCAAUGCAAUCCAAGACCUAAGGGACUUGACACAGAGGACAGUUAUGGCAUGGAUGGGAAGGCUAAGUCGCCAAACUUCAUUGAAAACAUCAACUGGCAAGGACUGGAAGAUUUGUACAGUGUGAAUGAAAGUUUAUAUGAAUCCAGAAAUGACUACAGACUUAGUCCUGAUGACUGGACAAAUUACUUGAAGGAUGUAGAUAGAAUCUUUGCACUGCUGACCAGUUACUCUGAACAAAAUGCAAGAGCGAAGACUCAGGCUGCUCAUCCCAGUGGGUAUUUGGAUGAGUCAUCCACACCAUUUGCCUUGCUGGAAAUGGGCUCUGCUGAAUCUGACGACAGUUUGAGUUGGUUGACGGCCCAAGAGGCACAGCAUAUCAUGCCAACCGAUUUCAGGACCCUGGCUUUAAGCACAACCAUGCUAAGCCAGGAGAAGAAACUUGAAUUUAGCAAUGAUAUUCCUGAAAAAAGGCGUCUGAAUCCCACACACUGGAAUAAUCACCAAGCCGAAACAUGGCUGGACGCUGAAGAACCAGUUAGUUUUGAAAUGAAUUUUAGUGGGAAUGAUGUGACAGAGCUGGAGUCCAAACAUAGUUUCAUCUUACAACCAGUUAAUGUUCUUCAGAAAGUCUCUGUCCCAGACAAUGACUCUCUGGAAGAUAUUUUUGAAGAGCAGAUCUAUCUUCCCAUAAACUUGGCUGAACCAGUAAUUCAUCAGUCUUUACAAACAUUUCUUGUGGAGCAUAAAACUGAGGUGGUGUUGAGAGAAAGGGAACAUUUUCUGGAAGAAGCUCCACAGAGUGCGUGUGUAGAAGGCAGUGCCUCAUCUCCACUCUCCUCAGAUUAGGUCAUGUAAACCACCUUCAUUUUUCUUUCUUAUUGAUUAGUUGGCAAUAGAAGUAGCCCUGACAACUGGCAUUCCAAAUUUAUUAUUGAUACAUUUUUGUAGCAAAAUGAUGAGCCCUUCAAUUUGUGUUCCGCAUACACAUGAACUCUGUCGUACUAUUGCUGAAGGAAUGAGAUUUCCAGUGUUAUAACAAGUCUUUUGCAGUGAUAUCCACAUUUUCAAGCUACUAUAAAGACCUCCUCAAACAAGAAUCUUGAGUCAUUUGUUUUCUCUAUUCACAAAAUGGUUCAAUACAAAUGAAUAUUUCUGUCCAUCAAAGCAUUUUUAUUAAUAAUUUUAACCACUGAAAUUUCUUACUGUUGGCGUAAAAUUAUAUUGCACUUUUAUAAUCUGUGUGCCAUACCCUUAUUAAUCAAGUACUUUACAUGUUCUUUGAUAAUAGUGUAUAAUUGCAAACCAAUAAAAUAGGUUGGCAGAAGAGCAGUAUGCAGCGUGAAUUGUGAGAACCAAUUAUCCAAACUUUGAACAGAAAGUCAUUUUUAAAUUAAUGCGUUAUGCUCAGGUUGAUUUAUGGUGGUUUCCCCCUCAGAUAUAGCUAAUGGAAGACAAAUAUUGAAAGAGUUGACUGAGUUCAGCUUUCAAUAUACAGAGGUAUAAGUAAUUAUGGCUUUUCAUUUUUAAAUUCUUUUGGAAGGAAAAUUAGUUUAAUUUCCAUUAGUUAAGAGAGAGCUUUGAUGUGCUCAGAAAAUAAUUAGAUCAGCUCUAGACUUUAGAAAUAUUUAAAAUAUGAACCCUCAACUCAGAGGCUGUGCAUGUACUGUAUCUACUAUACCUAUGGCAAUUGCUCUGUGUAAUGUUCCAUGUUGCCAUGCAAAACCAUCAUUUUAUGAAGAGUAAUGCUGUGUCACUUGCAUUUUUUGAAAAGCUCAGAUCUGUGUAAGUCUAUAAAGUUGUAUUGCCUUAUCUCUAUGUGGUGUAUGGAACACCAUCUCAAGAGCUCCUUGCACACCUGGUAUCUCCAAGAUACAAAAGGAGCUCCUGUGUGGUUAAGGGCUUCUCCAUUCACUUCAGUAGAGGAAACCAGCUCUUUGCAUGCAUCCCGUCAUCACUGAAGGUGAGGCUUGCACAAGAAGAGCAUCUGAGAACUUUAGGAAAACAGUGCAACUCAGUGUAAAAAACUGUACUGUAACUUCGCAUCCAAUGCACCAGAAAAGGUAUAUAAGUGCAGAUUACAAAAUUUUUCAUUUUAGUACAAUGCCUUUAACAGUGGGUUGCUAGACUUUGCCAAACAUUUUAGCAUUUUGUUUUUAACCUGAACAUCAGAAGAAUUUUUUUUAGUAAAAAGAAUCUCAAAAUACCGUUUUUCCAGUAUUUGAUUUAUACUGUCCGAAAAGUACAUGUCCGAUGUAUGUUAAUGGAGAGAGAGAGAGAGGGGAAUGUGAUAUUCUCUCUCUCUCUUUUAAAUUUAGUGGUUGGUCCAUGUUCUCAGUACGCUUAUGUUUCAGGAAAAGCUUUUGAUGGACUCUGUAAAACUUGUUAAUUAGCCCGGUGUUUAUCAUGUAUGUGUCAUGGGUUGAAUGACAGAACAAACUUAUUUAUGAGCAUGAAUGAUGCCAUUUGUUUGUAUAUAGAUUUUACAAUAUUAGGCUAUAAACUAUGUUCUUUUUUCUGCAAUAUUUUUGUAGAACAAUACUGGCUUCAGGAAUGCCUAGAGGCAAUAUUUCUUGAAAUAAAAUUAUUGUACUUGUUUCAUAGGAAAA